UGUCACGUGAUUGUGUAUUUACAUUGUUCGAUGCGGGAAAGAUGUAAAUAAAGAUGAUAUAAUCUAAUUAACGUAGUGUUUAUCAUCUUCGUUUAUCGUAUCCUUUCAUCAUGGCUAUAAAUCAAGCAGUCGAUAAAGUAAGCACUUUAGUUAUUUAUUGUGAAAAUCGAACUGUGGAAGGAAAUCGACCUUUAUCCGCAAAGCUGAAAUCUAUUUUAUCUUGAAGAACCAUAGAUAAAGGAAAAUGGCUUGUCUUAUGAAAUGUAUCUUAUUAUCCAUUUUGUUUGUUGCGUUCCUAAAUACUGAAAAUGGAGCUGCUGUAUCGGCAAGUAAAUUUAAAUGGAAUUACUUUUUAGUUUCUCAUCAAAAAUCUGAACCUUCAAAUGAAAUUAUUUCAAAAUCAGGAGCUGAAAAUAAUAAAAUGCAAGGCACAUAUGAUGAUAUAAAGUUUUUUCUGAAGCAUAUGUUUGAUGUAUUAAAAAUUAAAGAGCUUAUCAAAAAUAUUGGUAAAAGAGUAGAAUCCACAACACUUUGCCUUUCUUGCGAAUUUGCUGUUUCUGUUCUUCAAUAUUAUGUGAAAACUGGUGCAUCAGAAAAUGAUAUUGGAAAUAUUGCUGACAAAAUUUGUACAACGUUUCGCAUCGAGACUCCCCGUGUUUGCUCAGGAAUUAGCAAGCUGUUCAAAAGAGAAGUAACUCUAGUAUUAGCUAAUGUUGCUUUGGCUCCAAGUGAACUCUGUGGCAUUCUUAUUGGAACAUGCGGAGAUGUUGUAAAUCCAUUGCAUAACUGGACAAUCCCUAUGACUCCUUUCCCCAAACCACCUGUUAAGCCACCUUUACCACCAAAGAAGAAUGCUCCAAUUUUGCGUGUCUUGCAUCUCUCUGAUGUCCAUCUGGAUCCUUUCUAUAAAGAAGGGAGUGAAGCAAACUGUGGAGAACCCUUGUGUUGUCGUGAAGCCUCCGGAACACCAGCCGUUCCUUCAGAUGCAGCUGGAUAUUGGGGAGACUACAGGAACUGUGAUAUUCCUCUACGUACAUUAGAAAACAUGCUAAAUCACAUCAACAAAACCCAUAAGAUUGAUUAUGUGAUAUGGACUGGGGAUAUUCCACCACAUGAUAUCUGGAACAAUUCGAGACUGGAAGCCGUCUACCUUCUACAUUCUGCCUCAAAAAUUAUUCAUAGAUAUCUUGGACAUGUACCUAUUUUUCCCGCUCUUGGAAAUCAUGAAAGUUCUCCUGUUAACAGUUUUCCAAUUCCUGCAGUAAAGGGAAAUGACUCCAUUUCUUGGUUGUAUAAAGAGGUCACAAAGGCAUGGGCUCCUUGGUUACCUGGUAGUUCUUAUACAUUAGAUAUGGGUGCAUACUAUUCUGUACUUGUGAAUCCAGGCUUUCGUAUCAUCUCUCUGAACAUGAAUUAUUGUAAUGCCUUAAACUGGUGGUUGCUUUUAAAUUCUACUGACCCAACUGGGGAACUUGAAUGGCUUGUAACUGAAUUACAAAUGGCUGAAAAUAAAGGAGAAAAGGUGCAUAUCAUUGGUCAUAUUCCUCCUGGGGAACCAGAUUGUUUAGGAGUAUGGAGUAGAAAUUACUAUGAGAUUAUUAACAGGUAUGAAAGUACAGUUAUGGCUCAGUUUUUUGGUCAUACCCAUAAAGAUGAAUUUGAAAUAUUCUAUGACAAAUCUGGUCCAAAACCAAGACCAACAAACAUUAUUUAUAUUGGGCCUAGUGUGACAACAUAUGAUGGAGUUAAUCCUGGUUAUAGAAUUUAUACUGUGGAUGGAAAUUAUCCUGGAAGUUCUAGAGUUGUUCUAGAUCAUGAAACAUAUUACCUGAAUUUAACUGAAGCAAAUUCUCGCAUGAAACCGGUGUGGAGGUUCGAAUAUUCUGCAAAAGAUGCCUUUAAUAUGACUUCCUUAUUACCUUCUGACUGGGAUCUUCUGAUUCAUCAUUUUGAGGAGGAUGAUAAACUGUUUAAAAAAUUUUACAGGUAUUAUACCAAGCUGAGUGAUUAUAGCCAUCCAGUAUGUGAUUAUAUCUGCAAGAAGAAUUUUCUCUGCAGAUUACGUCGAGGACAAUCAAAUGAUCCUCUUAUUUGCUAAGCCUUUUUCAUUUGUGUUGUGAUUAUAAAUCAUUUUUUAAAUCUUACAAAUGUUGUUCACUUUCUGAAGUUCACAUAUGUACUUUUUUUAAUAGCUUUGUGUAAGUUUUGUUAGUUUGUUUCUUUGCCGCUUAUUUGAAGUUUACUGUUGCUAUUACACUUGAUUGCUUUUAGUAUAAAGAAAUAGUGCUAAAAUUACAGAAUUGUGUAAAUUUUGAAGAAAUGUAUAGUAUAAAAGAUUUAAUAUUUAAUGCACUGUGAAUGAUAUAUAUAUUUUAGAUGUGUAUCAGGUAGGUUCUGUAGAUUGUUUUAAUUAGACUUUUAUUAAAGCUAAAUAUCUAAAUCAAAAUUUAAAAUCUAAAGUUCUAAAAAUUAAAGUAAAGAUUUGUAGAGAUGCCAAGAGAUUUAAAAUUAAUUUUUCUCUAGAAAUUUCACAGAAUAUAGAUUGUUUGGUGUGUACUGCAUAAAUUUUUUUCAUUAACUGUCAUAUUUUAAUAUGUUAUAGCUACUGAUACUAUAGUAUGCCUUUUAGAAUGCAGCGACAUUUCAAUAAAAGUUAGGACUACACUAAUUGCCUUGGCACAAGAUAUUAAAGCAGUUGAAAGUAAAAAUUAUGUGCAAAUUAUAUAUUUUAUGUAUUAAUUCUUAAAAAAUGUCACAUAAAUUGUAAAUUAGGAAAAAGAAAAUUUCAAGUAAAAAUUAAAAUCUGUAAUGAAGGAACUUCAUUCCUGUAUUUUCUGAAGAAGUUAAGAGCUAAAUUAGAAAAAAUAAUUUGGAAAAAUGCUUCAGGAAAUAAAAUUUAUUAUUAUUAUUAUUAUUAUUAUUAUUAUUAUUAUUAUUAAAGAGCAAGAAAACAAAACUAGUGUGUAUUAAAAAAAAGAUAAGGAAAUAAAUGUCUUUCAAAUAAAAGUUAGUAAAAUGGUAAUUUUGUUGUUUCUGAAUAAAGUUACUGCAGAUUGAAUGCUAUUAAAGCAUGUAUGGUUUUAUUACAGCAAUAGUGGAUAAGGUUUCUACACAACAUAUUUACUUUCGAGAUUGAAAAAAAAAAAGACUGGUUAAAAAUGUUAUGUCAGUGCUUUAAAUAUAUUUAAAUACAUUUUAGAAUAUUAACUUCUUCCGUUAAGAAUUAUAACUUAUAAGAUUUCUGUUUUUUAUUUGCAAUGUAUUAUUUCUACUUUGUGUACAUUUUAAGCAGCUAUUGAUUUUACAUAUAUAUUUCUUCCAAGUUUAAACAUGCAUUUUUUAUUUCUAGUUUUUUAGAAUAUUGCAUAUCAUUUUCAAUUCUUUUAGAAUAUUUUUCAAAUGAAUCUAUCUGUAGGUAAAUAUGUACAUAGUAGUUAAUAUUUUGUUUUAUAUUUUGCGAAGACUUUUUGUAAAGGUCAAGUGUUCAUUUGUGUAAUGCAUUAAUUUGAUUUGUAUAAGUUAUAACUACUUUAAAUUAGUUGUAUAUAAUGUACAGUAAUACGUUGUACAGUCAACUACAUUUACAUUGUUUAUCCAAUGUGAUUUUAUUUGCAGUUUGUAAAAUCUAUUUUAUUAAACUGAAUAGUGCUCAAGACAAUAAA